AUGAGGCUCAAUCCCAACGUUCUUUGCACUCCUUUGGCAACAAGAACAGUUGUGUUUCUUGUAUUUUGUUCUACGAUAUUGCUUCCUGUCCAAACAAACAAUGGUGGCUUUACAGCCGAUCUCAUCCGUCGGGAUUCAUCGAAAUCGCCCUUCUACAAUCCCCUCUUAACAACAUCACAACCUGUAAAGAAUGCAUUUCAACCUUCAUUGAAUCGUGCGAACCAAUUUGCAUCCACAAGUGUAGUACCAAAUGGUGGUGAAUAUCUCAUGAAAAUAUCCUACGGGACACCGCCGGUUGAGACACUAGCAAUUGUCGACACAGGCAGCGAUGUUACCUGGACGAUGUGCCUACCUUGUAAGACUUGUCACAAGUCAAUCUCUUCCCUCUUCAAUCCCAUAAAUUCAUCCACAUUUGAGCUAGUACCUUGUACAUCCAAAACAUGUCGCGAUUUUUCGUAUUCCUUUUGCAAUCAGGCUGAUGCUACCACCUGUGAAUACGAAGCAAUCUACGCGGAUCUUUCUUCCUCUAGGGGAGAUGUUGCAACUGAAACUAUAACUUUGGAAGGUUCCAUGGGGGAGAGGCUGUCUUUCUCUAAUUUUACUUUUGGAUGCGCUCAUCACUCGGAUGGUGACUUUACUGACGAGGGAAUGGGAUCUGGACUUGUUGGACUUGGAUUUGAGCAGCAAUCACUAAUUUCACAGCUUAGUUCUUCAUUUCAUGGCAAAUUCUCCUAUUGUUUUGGUCCACCAAAUGAGGUCUCAAACCCCGGAAAAAUAAGGUUUGGUAGCAAUCCAAUAUUUUUGCAAGGAAGCAGGGUUUCAACGCCACUGUAUUUUGGUUUUGCUUAUUCUCUGAAACUACAAGGUAUUAGCGUUGCAAAUACAAGAAUGGAGGAUAGUGAUGGUGCGCUUUCGUCCGGGGAAUUCAUCAUAGACUCGGGAACAACAUACACGCUUCUUCCAACACAACUCUAUUAUGCAUUUGAAUCCGCUAUCCAAGAUUACAUAGGGUCGCAAAAUAGAGUGGAUGACCCAAACAAUGACUUCAAAUUGUGUUAUUCUUCUUUAGUUGAUAGUGUUAUCCCCAAUAUUACCAUGCACUUUGCAGGUGCAGAUUUGGAGUUGAAUCCAGAAAGCAUCUUUCAGAGAACCUCACCUACUUCAGUCUGCCUGGGAUUUUUCCCCAGCGACAGUAUUGCCUUGCUCGGCAACUUGGCACAGGCCAACUUUUGGGUCGAAUACGACUUGAAAAACAAAAUUCUUUCAUUUCAACGUGCUGAUUGCGCUAGUCAAUGA